AUGAGGAAGCAGCCCCCUGAUGAGAAACUACUAAAUAUUGAAGUAACAGCAGAGGAAGUAAGAAUACAGCUAGCAUCACUGGAUCCAAAGUUGGUGAAGACGCCCACGCCCUCAUCCCUGCACACGCCCACGCCCUCACCCUUGCACACGCCCUCACCCACGCCCUCACCCCCGCACACGCCCCCGCCCUCUCCCCCGCCCACGCCCUCUCCCCCGCACACGCCCACGCCCUCUCCCUCGCACACGCCCACGUCCUCACCCCCGCACACGCCCACGCCCUCUUCCCCGCACACGCCCUCUCCCCCGCACACGCCCUCUCCCCCGCACACGCCCUCUCCCCCGCACACGCCCUCUCCCCCGCACACGCCCUCUCCCCCGCACACGCCCACGCCCUCUCCCCCGCACACGCCCUCACCCCCGCCCACACCCCCACCCUCGCCCCCACCCUCGCCCACGCCCCCACCCUCGCCCACGCCCCCACCCUCGCACACGCCCUCUCCUCCGCCCACGCCCCCACCCUCGCACACGCCCCCACCCUCGCACACGACCACCCACGCCCCCACCCUCGCACACGACCACCCACGCCCCCACCCUCGCACACGACCACCCACGCCCCACCCUCGCACACGACCACCCACGCCCCCACCCUCGCACACGACCACCCACGCCCCCACCCUCGCACACAACCGCCCACGCCCCCACCCUCGCACACGACCACCCACGCCCCCACCCUCGCACACGACCACCCACGCCCCCACCCUCGCACACACAACCACCCACGCCCCCACCCUCGCACACAACCUCCCACGCCCCCACCCUCGCACACAACCGCCCACGCCCCCACCCUCGCUCACGACCGCCCACGCCCCCACCCUCUCUCACGACCGCCCACGCCCCCACCCUCGCUCACGACCGCCCACGCCCCCACCCUCGCACACGACCACCCACGCCCGUGGAGAGUCUUGGGCGGAUGCGCGCGACAAAGGCGGGCCGGGCGGGGCUCCCAAGUCCACCACCAGAACCUGGGACGGAGAAAUCUCUGUAAAUUGGAGGCUUCCUCUUCCGCCCAGACCAGCCAGCAUCCUAGUCAUGGGCGGCGCGGAGGGAUCAACAGUCUCGCGGCCCAGUCUCCGCGACCAGGCCGGGGAGGAGUAUCUUGGUAAAGGGAGAUUAACUGGGAUACAUUUCUACCACAUUUAUUUCCAGAAGCGUUAG